ACAUAUGGAGAAAUGGGAAGCACUUAGCCUGUGAACUGAGGAUGCUGAAAGAGAGAGAGGUGAUUGGCAAUCCCUUGGGCGUACCCGCGAAGACAGUGUUGAUGGCUCUGCAGGCGCGCCUUGCGCGAUGAGCAACACCUGAAGCUGGUAUAACUUGCAGGCACGGGUGCGAUUUCACAAGGUUUGGUUUUUAAACAAAGCGAAAGCCUAGGGUUUUGGGAGGGAAAUUGAAAGGAAAAAGGGAUCCAAAAAUCAGGAGGAGGUCGAACUGAGACUGCAGAGGACAGAGCUUGGCGGUGGUUUAUUUGAUCAUAUAAAGAACGCAAGAAAGAAGAGUAGUGGUUGACAGAUUUAAGCAGAAUUGUUAGAGGAUGACAGUUCUGAAGAGGUACGUGCUAAGGUUGUUCAUAUCAUUGAAGUACAUUACAGCUAACGUGGUAGACAGAAACAACGGCAGGAUAGUUGCCACAGCAUCAACAGUUGAACAUGCCAUUAAAGGCUCGCUCGAAUGUGGUCGGUCUUGCAAUGCCAAGGCGGCAGCCAUUGUUGGAGAGGUGUUGGCCAUGAGACUGAAGGUUGAUGGUCUUGAAGAGGGUCAGGGAAGAGGAAUACACGUAGAUGCAAACAAAGAGGUGGAGAAGAAAGGGUUUAAGAACCGCACUAAAGUAUGGGCUCUUGUCAAUGCCCUUAAGAACAAUGGGGUCAAACUCAUUCUUGAUGAUAAUGAUGAUAGUAUUUCUCGGCCUAACUUCUGAUGCAUUUUUGCUCCCUUUUGUAUGUGUUAAUAGUUCUGAAGAGUAGUGGUUUUGAUAAUAAAUGUUAUGAGGCUUCUGUAUUGAAGUUAUUUUUUAUUUUAUUUGAAGGGAAAGUCUAUUGUCAACAAAGCAGCAAAGUGAAGCCAAGAUAUCGACAAGGCUGCUUGUAAGGUUCUUGUCAAAAGAAAAAGGUUGACCUUUAACAAA